GAGGCAUGAUUUACAAUGUCUUCACUCACGACUAACGUUUUUAAGGAAAGAUUCCUCGAUGCUUUUAAGGAGGACGAAACACUGAACACAGUAUGCCAAGAAAUUGCCUUGGAGAUCCAGUCCGGACAUGUAAAGCUUUAUGACAUUGUAGAAACCCUUGGACCUCUUAUAACAGAUACAGAUAUCGAGGUCAGGGAGAAGGGUAUUUGUGCUAUUUCUACAAUUUUAUCACAUUUGCCCAACGAUUAUUUGAAUGAAAACGAAUUGAGUUUCAUCGUAUCAUUUUACUGUAAUAGAUUGAAAGGUCAUUACAGCAUCAUACCAAAAGUAUUGACGGGAAUUUUAGCAACUGUUCAAAUGACUCAUUUAUCUAAAGAUUCACCUGAACGUUUAUUGAGAACAUUUUUCGACAACGUUUAUUGUCAAAAUCAACUAACACCUGUUCGCUAUACUAUAUAUUUGAUAUUUAUAACAUUGUUAGAAAAGAGAAUAGAAGAUUUAAAAGCCAUGGGACCAGAUUUUAUUUAUGUGGUUAUCAGUUCUAUCGACGGGGAGAAAGAUCCUAAAAAUCUGAUGCUGUUGUUCAGUAUACUUCCACGCUUUAUGAAAGAAUUUAAAUUAGGCCAUUUGGCCGAAGAUAUGUUUGAAGUGAUUUCAUGCUAUUUUCCAGUUGACUACAAUCCUUCUGGAACAGAGGGAAUAACGCGUGAUGAUUUGGCAGAAAAAUUGGCAUCUUGCCUGUGCGCUGUACCAGAAUUCGCCGAAUAUUGUAUGCCGAUUAUACUGGAUAAAUUAAACUCCAGUGUUAAAGUUGCCAAAUUAGAUUCUUUAAAUUUGUUAUGUAAAGGUGUAUAUACGUUCGGUGUGAACGGUCUUAAAGAACACUUGACAGAAUUAUGUUCUUGGCUGAGAAAGGAAAUUAUGUCAGGGGAGGAUUUGGAAGUAAAAAAUGCGAGUCUAAAAGCACUCGCAGCUAUAAUUGAAGUUAUAUCGAGCGAUACUGAACUUUGUGAAAGUAGUAUCGAUUACAUCAUCAAAGAUGUAAAGCCAUGUUUGUACGAUGCACAGCUUAAUUUGUUCAAGCCGAGUGUAAAAUUGUUGGAAUGCAUUGCAACGGUUAACAAAGAAACGUGUGUACAAGGAUUACAGAUAAUAAUGCCAUUAUGCCUUGGUCAAUAUUCUACCAAAACUUCGAUGACUGAUAAAAUAAUUUAUAUUGAAACACUGAAUACGUUUAUUAAAAUUGCUGCCGACCAUGGAUUUAACAUUAAAAAUGUUCCAGAAUUAGCAUGGACAGAUAUUCCUCAAUUGUAUUUAAAUGAUCUAUUGACACCUAAUGAAGAAUUGCAGUCAAAGAUAUUGUCCGGACUCACGCUGCAAAAAAAGUAUUUGAACGAAGUACAUCGCAGCUCAUUAUACAAUCAAAUUUACAGUUUGAUUGAAUCGAACUCGAAUGAAUUAAGAACACUUUGUCAUACAUCUCUUUUAAAUUUUGCGAUGUUAUAUCCAUGUGAAAUAAUAACAUUGAUCAAGGAGAAAUACCAGUUGAACGAUGGUGAGGAAACGAAAGUACAAAUUCGUAAAUUAGAAGUACUGGCAGCCGUUGCUAAAACACACAGGUUAGGUAGAGAAGUACUUCCACAAAUUGUAUCACAGACAAAUUCUGAUAACUUUGAGAUAAGCUGCACAGCUUUAUCGUGUCUCCAUAAGCUGGUUGCUACGAAACAUAUUGACUAUGACGCUCAACAUUAUUUGUAUGAAAGAUGUAAUAUUAUCGAAAAGUUAUCUGCCCUUAAUAUCAGUCCUACGGAUCAGAGAUUAGAUUUAAUUUUGAAUAUUUUUCGACUAAUCGUACGAAACUUUACGUUCGAAAAACAACAAAGAAUUGCGAACAGAUAUGUUCCGAUUUUAAGCGGACAAGCUUCUGAAGUCGAUGCCGUUUUCACAAUUAAUCUUCUCAUUCCUUUACGCAAAGACAUCGAUUUAGCAAUAAAUAAUAAUUUGUUCGAAAAUCUUUAUAAUUUAGCAGUCAAUAGUGUUCAUUCAAAUGUAAGACUUAUAACGUGUAAAUUUGUUGCUGUUAUAUUAAACAAAAUGAACAUUAUUAGUGAAUACUUCGAACACAUGUUAUUGUACUUUAAUGAUAGGAUAAAAGAUAAUUUGGGUUCAGAUAGUGAUAUCGAUGUAAAAAAAGCAACAGCUUCUUUGAAAGUGUGGAUAACAAAAGCCAUAAUUACGAAAGGUUUCCAUGAUGUCGAAAUGUUUUUGGAUGAACUUACAGAUAUUUUGAGACACGACCAAGUGGGCCAAUACGUAGGUACCGAAUAUAAGAUUUUAACGAGUAGACACGAAGACACUUUGGUCGCAGAAAAUUUUUGUAACAUUGCCAUUUUUUACAAACAAAGAGUGUUCGAACAUUUGAUUAGAAAAAAAUCUGAAUUCGAAAAUUCAUCGAAGCAGAACUAUUUAACAGCAUUGGUAGAAUUGCUGGAGGAAGUACCUAUAGAACUUCUACUUAUGCAUUUAUCUAAGUUGGUUUCGCUACUAAUAGAAUCACUGUCUCUCGAUAAUGAACAGCUAAUCUUUUCAGCAUUAGUCACACUGAAUAGUUUACUUGAGACUGAACACGUCAUAUUUGCUGAUAAAAUACAAUGCUUUAUUCCAAGGUUUCUAACGUUAUCUACGUAUAGAACGAUGAGAGUCAGGAUUGCAGCUUUAAAUUGUUUAACAAAUUAUUGCAAUUACCCAGUUACUUUAAUUAAUACAUACAAGGACGAUGUAUUAGGAAAGCUAGCGAUUACAAUUGAUGAUCGGAAACGUUUGGUUCGGAAAGCCGCGGUAAGAGCAAGAACACGAUGGUUUUUAAUUGGCGCACCAGGAGGAAUUAAAGAACAAUGAUCUGCCUGAGUUGCAUUCAAUAGACUGCAAUCAAAGUUUUUGUAUCUAAUAAAUAAAAGUUACAAAAUUUGUACUUCUGACGUU